AGAGACUGGCACUGGACUGGCUGGCUGGUCUGGUUGUUGAGUUGAGUUGAGGUGGUAUAGUUUUUCCAUCAUCUCCCAUCUUUCGCCAUCGUCCAAUUUUUCUUGCAUUCAGUUUUCGGAUUUCGUCGGACCGAGUUUGAAUGGAUUGAUUCUAUUCAACGCGAAAUAAUCGUCGAAUCUCGCGCAGCGGACGGGCAACGGAAACGCAAAUUCUUGUGUGAUGAUCGUGCGAGAUGUGUUGGAAACAUUUUGAUUGACGGGCUCGGAAGGGAAAAUUUAAGUCCUGUUCCGCUGAUGGUCGUCCGCCAUCAUCAUUCGUCAAUACAGAGUUGUCAUCGGCCAGUCCAGAAUCGGACCAAACAAAAACACCACGACGAAUAAACAACAAUGGCCCCAAAAUAGAAUCCAAUCCAGGUCUGGUUUGUUUUAUGACCGCACAGUCAAACAUCAAACCGGGAGAAGGGGGCGUUUCAUUCAAACCGAUUCGAUCGGAUGCAGUUUUAAUUGCAUUUACCCAUGCAGCAAGGUGCAAUCGGAUUUAAACGACGAAUAAUGGCUCCUGUUUUGUUUGUUUGGGGAUGACGUGUGAACGUGAAGCUGCUAUCUUCGAUCGGACCGGACCCGUCGUCAUCGUUGCAGGAAAAACAACAAGUACAACAACAUUCCAAGAUGUUCUUUCUGUCCCACGACAAGAUGAGGGACUAGCAGAAAAAAAGGUUCUUCUAGUCUCGAGACGGCAGAAACUAGCGCAAGUCGACGAGUGUGAUCCGUGUGUUGUUGGUAACAAGAAAACGAAGAAAACCCUCCUGCGAAAGGGUGUGGGAAAUUAAGGAUGGACCUUCAAUGAGAGGAGGAGAGGAAGUGAAGAACGCAAAAAUAGCAAAGUGAUACCAGGAGGACGACCAGGGUUGCUGGUGGAAGUCUGUUGUGACCCCAUCUAACUGCGAAGAAGGGGCAGGAGCUGAAACUGAUGCUUACAGUGGAUCUAUCGAGAAGAAAAAGCUUCGGCACAAAGCAUUUGGUGUGGUGAUGUGCUGCGAGAAUCAGUGAAAAACGUGUGAUAAGAGCGACGGGGUGUGUUUCGGUGUUCUAGAGGGUCAACAGACGGGAAAGGAAGGGAGUCCUCUUUUGUCAGGAUCUCGAAGGGAGAGUCUGGGAAGUGCACAAAAGGAUCACAGUUACGUUUGUGGCGAGACAACAAGCAAAGAAAGGCAGACGUCGUCGUUGUCGUCGUUCGUCUUCGUUCCGUACCUAUAUGACAAACCCCUUCUGCUUUGUUUGGCAGGGCAUUUUCCCAUUUCCCACCCACCCCACUUUAAUCAGCAACAGUGCCCUAAUGUCUCCAUCAGUAGUGUUGUGAUAAAAGGUGUGGAACAUUCUCAGGUGGCUUCCGGACCACCACACCCUAGCCAGCGUAACAAAAAAAGCGAAAAACAUAAACAAGCAACAGGCCUUCCAUUCAUCGUAGCCAGUAAUCGUUUGACGAAACGAAAACGUCCUCAGGAAAUCGGCAGGAUAACCGGAGCUAACAAUGAACUCUCCAGAAUUCCCCACUUCCACACAGCAGCAGCAGCGCGAUUUGCCACAGCAUGACUUCCCGUACGCUUCGAGCCCGACACAAGGCUACAGCAAUGGGUCCAGUGAUUAUCAGUUCCCACCGGGUAGUCCUGGCUCGGGACCACCCCUGGGAAUGGGUGGCGGUCGGCCACCUGGACAGCAACAACAACAACCUUCAUCACCUCAAAACCAUCAACAGCAGCAACAGCAACAGGACCUCACAAUCGAUGGCAUUCCAAAUAACUUUUCCCAUCGGCGGUCCCGGGCAUCGCGAACUUUCAAAAAUCCACCGCAGCCGCACAUGUGCAUCCGGGAGAAAACCAUCGACGGCAAGGAGGUGUUCAUCAACGUUCUGAGCUGGACUCGGAUCGCCAACCCGGACAACCCGGACGCACCGAUACCGCUGUAUGGCGGCAUGAAGGUCGGCAAGAUACCCCCGGGCAGUCCCCGGACCCCGCCGCUCGUUUAUGCCGUAAUGGCCAGUCCCGAGGUGCUCAAAAAGGCUGGGAGAAAGUGCCCCGACACACCGGAACGUAUGAAUCUGGUUGAUCUCAUGUGCGAAUUUGUGGAGGCUAUGAAUCCCACUCUGCAUUUAUCUCGAAAACCCGAAAUACUCAAGGAUCGCGAUCUCUCCGGUGAGCUGAAGGACGUCUGGAACGCGGUUCAAGCGUGCCGCGACAAAGGACGCGUCGACAGUGGUCCACCGGAAAAUCUAGUCGUUUAUACCGAGUUUGGACCGGACUCGGCUCCCUCGUACGAGCAACAGCAACAACUGCAACAGCAGCAGUACCAUCAGCAACAGCAACAUAGACACCAACCUCCUCAACCUCAACAUCAACAGGGUUUCCAGCAACAACAGUCGUACACAGCCGUUGAUUCGGCUUAUCAGCUGCAGCAACACCAUCUACAUCAGCAAUCGCCACCGCAUGGACAACAAUAUGGCAGCAAACAAAGUGCAAUUACUUACAACAGUACUCCGGCGAAUUUGUCGGUUGCAGCUGGAGGCGGCGAUUCGUACACCGAAAUGUCGGUGGACGCUCCAGACUGUGGGGCUAGCGGUGAUUGUCUGGAACAAUUGAACGCUAGCAACAGCAGCAGUUUAGAUGAAUUGACCAACGAAAUGGAAAGGUUGACAUUGUCGACUUUCGUCGGGGGUACCGAUAGUGGAUCGAAAUCCAACGGUCUCACACUGCCAACAGUCCCCACUGGAGGAGGUACAUCUCCUACGGGAUCCGCCAACACCACACCUGCCUCCGCCAUAUCUCCAUCCGCAGCAGCCAAUUCAAUCGAACACAACCUAGUGCCAGUGUCAGAAACUCAUCAGAAACAGUCGCCAACUUCGCCAACAACAACUGCAACUGCAACCAUCCAAGCUCCUCAGCAACCGAACUCGGUUAGCCCGACGGCACCGGCAGCCCCGGCCACCCCGCAGAAAGAAUCGAAAGCUUCCUCAGGACAUAACUUCUUCCCCAUGUUCCGAUCUUCCAAAUCGUCGAACAGCGAAAAGAUCGACAAAGAGAAGGACAAAGACAAAGAUGGCUCGAACGAGACCCAGGCUCCCGAUACUCCGGUCAAGAGUAGCAGCAAAAAGAGUGGCUUGAACUUUUUCCGACGGAACAAAUCGGAAAGUAAAAACAAGGAGCCAUCGACUCCGACCAAACAACAGCAACAGCAACAAGUGCCACAACCUCAGCAGCAGCAACAGCAAACGGUGACCAGCAGCAGCGUGAGUGAUAACAACAAGAUCAAUUUGGCCCUCGUUGACGAGAGUCUGUUGCAUCAUCAUCAUCACCAUCACCAUCAUCACAUACUGGAGGGGCAGACGAAUGGCAACGGAACCGGUGCAGGGGAACUUAUCGUCGAAAACUCGGCCACUAUUGUGGCCAAGUGAGAAGAGGUGAUGAAGACGAACAGCAGUGAGGCUUCGACAGGAUGUUUGGACUUGUGCGAAAAUGUGAUAUAGAUUCUGAAGGCAUAAUUAAUGGGGGCGCAAAGUGUUUGUGUAGGCUUGCGUGCCUCGAGUCGAGAAGUCAUUGUGUACAUAUAUUAGCGAGGGUGUCCUCGCGGGGCACCGGAAGAUGAAGUAGGUAUGCCUGUGUAGACUUGUUGAUCAGAGUUUGCCAUUAGUUGGAGAGUGGGAAAAAGAGAGGUAGUGUAGAAAAAAAAGGGUUUUUUUCCGGGAGUCGUUAAGGUCAACUAUCGGGUUGAAUUGCAUUUGCUCACAAAUAUGCCAAGUAUUGAGAAUGUGCUCGCUGGAUAGAACCGACUCAUAUGUAGUCAUUUUACUUAUCGAUAUCGUGAAAGUUUUCUCUACUUUCGAAAUGCAACAAUUCAUUGAAACAACCUCGAAAUAGGUACAGAUAGAAAAGCAUUUCCAUUUAAAAUGUUUAGUAUUUUGAUUUAUACCACUUCACUUUAAUUGAGUUACGCGAUUUACAAUACAUGUAAAUAUUUGCUGUUUUGCUUUCUUCUGAAAAUAUGUGUAAAAAAAAAGUUGAACCAACAUUCAUAAAAGGCAAAUCAAAUAUUUGCUCUUUUUUUCUAAAAUUGACUUAGGUAAAAUUACCUACAUAAACAUCAGCUGAGAAUUUCGCAAACCAAGGACUUCAUGCGAGUUAUUUGUUGUAAACCAUCAUUUGAAAAUGUUAAGACUUCGAAAAGCUACAUAUAAGUCGGUUAAACCAGGAGUAUUAGAAAUAGUAAACAGAACAACUUGCAACAAUGUAUUUUCAAAUGCUUACUAUCAGAUAUGUCGAGAGGAACAACACAGAAACGACUGUCGACUUGACGAGAAACUAAAAAACAAGAGAUUAUACAGUUUAAUUAUCGCCCACACUAUCUCCACUCUUAGUGUAGAACUUAAGAUUGUACCUACUAUGGGGAAAAUUAUAGCAUAAUUUAUUAGGAA